AUGUCGACUGUAGAUGUGAAUUUAGAAAACAGUGUACCAUGUCAGAAAAUGAAUUUCAUACAGGACCUUAUGCCUCUCAGUAGGCAUAUUGGAUCACCAAUGGCUAGAAAGGUCCUUGCAGUUUUGGAUUCUACUAUUCAAAAGGUUUUGACUGUUUUAUGUUUACAAAAUAUAACAGAAAAUGUGAAGGAGGAGAAAAAUAUACUAGAUCGUGUGAAUACUUUCUUGAAACAAAUGGGGAAAUAUGACUUGCCCAAAGCUAGUAAUACUAGUGAGGACAAAAUUAAUCAGAAUUCAUCGGACAAUUGCGAAUUGCUGAUAAACGAAGAGUCACAAAUCAAAGCGAAUACGGAAGAUACUACUAUAACUGAGAGAAAAGUAGUAGAAGAAAGUGAAGAGGAAGAAAUGAGAGAUCACAUUCGCAAUUUACUACAUUUCUUACUAUCAAAACCACUGAUAAAUCAAUUUCUAGCAAGUAUUAUGUUAAAAAAAGUUGAAUGUCAAUAUCAAUAUGAAUAUCCAACUGAAUGGAAAUUACCUGAGAUAAUAAGUAAUUUUAAAGAUAGUGUUCAAUGGAUUAAUAUACCACAAUUUGAUGAGGAUAAUAAAACAAAAUUAUUAGAAUUUUUAAUACAUUUAAGAAUAUUAUUAUUAACAAAAUUGCUAACAACACCAGAGGAUAAAAAACGUAGAAAAAAUUAUAUCAAAGAACUUGAAAAUAGAGAUCAAGAAUGUCAGACAAAAUUAAAUGGACUUAUUAAAGAAUUAGAUAAACAAAUAUGUAAAAAUAAUACAGAGACUCGUAAAAUUGGUUAUACAGUUUCUAAACUUAAAAAUGAAAUUGAAAAUCUUGAAAAGUAUUUAACUGAACGUACAAAACAAGUUAACACUGAAGAGAUGAAAAAAAUGACAGAAAUUAAGAAUCAAAGUAAUGAAAAAGAAGAUGAUUUGAAAAAACAAUGUAAAACUCAAAAUCAACUACUUGAAAAGUUGAUUGAAACAAAUCGUUGUGAAGAGGAAGUACUGCGUAAAACAAUUUAUAAAAUGGAAAGUGAUAUAGAAUCAAAAAUUUCCAAAUAUGAUCAAGAAAUGACAGUGUUACAGGAGGAAUAUGACAAACUUGAAGCAGAAUAUACUGAGGAGAAAGCUGCUUACAAUGAACUGAACGAACGCUUUCAGAUUAUAAAUGAAGAAUAUCAGAAGAUAAUGGAAGAACGUAGAUUACAAGAGGAGAAACGUCAAAGAGACGAAGAAGACAGACGUCAAAUGGAACAAGCAGUAACAACAAUACAAGCAUACUGGAGAUCAUACAAAACGAGAAAAAUGGCACGUGGAAGAGGAGGUGGUAGUCGGAGGGGGAAGAAAAAGUAAUAAUAAUAAUAAUCAGAAGUCAACAUCAAAAAACAAGCUUAAUGAAUUCAACAUAUAAAUAGAAAAAUUAUCAAAAAAACCACAGUCAACUCCACUAUUCACUUCAGAAUAACAACAAAGACAAUAAUCAUGUGGAUUAAAACAAAGUUUUAAAAAAUAAAAUUGAAAUAAGACUGUAAUCUGAGUAGGAUGAAUUUGAUAUGUAAACGCUGUAGAAUUCUAGAUAAAGAGAUUAUGAA